AUGGCUAAACUGGAACAGGAAAGAUGCUCUGUGUGUAUGUGCCGGACGUGUGAGAAAGGAGCUCUGGCUGUAAUGGAAGGGAAGUCUGGUAACGAGGCAAAUGAGGAGAGACGGAUCAGCGUGGGGAAGAGUAAAGAAAAACAGAAGGAGGAGAAGAGGAGAAGGAGAUACAGGGAAGAAGAGAAAGAUGAGGAAUUACCAGACACAGAUAGCGAGACCGAGAGUAAGACUCAAGAUAGCGAGACCGAGAGUAAGACUCAAGAUAGCGAGACCGAGAGUAAGACUCAAGAUAGCGAGACCGAGAGUAAGACUCAAGAUAGCAAGACCGAGAGUAAGACUCAAGAUAGCGAGACCGAGAGUAAGACUCAAGAUAGCAAGACCGAGAGUAAGACUCAAGAUAGCGAGACCGAGAGUAAGACUCAAGAUAGUGAGGCCGAGAGUAAGACUCAAGAUAGUGAGACCGAGAAUUGCUCUGAAAUGGUGUGGGAUUCAUACUGGGGCUGCAUACUGGACAGUGGUUCUCACGGACGUUCUCUGUAA